AGACUUUCAGCAUCACUGUUGGCAGUUGACCUGGGACGGCAAGCUCUGCAUGUGCCCAAAGAAAGACGGUGCCAACCGCGUUCUGGACAUCGGAACGGGGACUGGAAUCUGGGCAAUGGACUACGCGGACGCCCACCCCGAAGCAGUGGUGGUCGGAGUCGACCUAAGCCCUAUCCAACCGGAGUACGUCCCGCCCAACUGCCGGUUCGAGAUCGACGACGUUGAGAAAGAGUGGACCUGGCAGGAGCCUUUCGACUUCAUUUUCGCGAGGCACAUGAACGCAUGCUUCGCCAGCUGGGAAAAGUUUCUCAAGCAGGCCUACGACAACCUGGAACCCGGCGGCUACAUCGAGCUGCAGGACAACGCAUUCCCCAUCCUCUGCGGCGAUGGGACUCUGAAGCCGGACGACCCGAUGGCCCGCUGGUCGACGCUGAUGAUGGAGGGCACGGAGCUCAUCGGGCGCCCGAUCACGGUUCCCGGAGCCUUCCGGCGCCUGCUCCAGGAAGCCGGCUUCGAGGACGUCGUCGAGCACAAGCGCGUCUGGCCCACGAGCCCGUGGCCAAAGGACGAGGCCCUCCGCGAGCUCGGCCUCUGGACCCAGGCCUGCAGCCUCGAAGGCGUCGAGCCCGGCGCCCUCGCCCUCUUCACGCGCGUGCUCGGCUGGACGAGGGAAGAGGUGCUCGUUUUCAUCGCCAGCGUCCGCAAGGAUUUCAAGAACAAGAACAUCCACGCCUACUGGAACGCAUACUCCGUCUACGGAAGGAAGCCUUUGAAGGAUGCCACCUCCUAAGAAAUAGGCUGGAAAGGAUGGAUGGGUAGCGUUUGAUAGGGUUUGGCGGGCAGAACAACGGGGUUGCUCCUUCAGAACUCUCGUUGCAUGAAACGCCUCCCAGCCUUGAUGUACCUUACAUGGAGAAGACACAAUAAUACACCUAUUCUUACUUCCACAAAAAGACAUUCAAUCCUGGGGCCGAUUUUCAAACCAGGUGGUCGUGUACGCGGGCAGCCAUGGCAAAGUGCCAAUGUCCAUGUUGUAAUGAUUCAUUACCAGGACAGUUGGACAUGUGAUAAACCAAAGCGUCUAGUUAUUUAAGAGAGAAGUUGUUGUUCCUCCUAAGUCUACAUACAAGAAGAUUUCCAAGUAGAAAUACCAUUAGUUACAUAGGUCUAUCUUGUAGUAAUCUACAUGUGUAGCGCUUACUACUAUACUAGUACAAGC